CAAAUUUGUAUUUUAUUUCUUGUAUUCGUACAAUCAGGAUGGCAAACAUCGCCGCAACAUUCAUCUCGGGGCUAGUCCUUGGGUCGGGAGCCGUGUAUGCAUUCACGUCAUACUUCACAGAGCAAUCGCACGUUAUAAACUAUAAGCUUCACCGGGCAUCAGCGUUUCUCAAGGAGGCGGCUACUGGCGAGAAACAGUCGAUCCCCGCUUGGAAGGAUACCAGGCCUGAUGUAAUGAACAAGUACCAGCAGUUUGCCUCGCGUAUAUCUGGAACUGCCAUUCCGCUCGCAAAGACCGGGUGGAAUGCUACAAUAUCAUCAACCGCAAGCAGCGUAGCCGAUAUCGACAUUAAUUCUGACAAGCUGGUGUCGAUAAUCUGCAAGGGCAACAAACCACAGUAGCUCCGAUGAGCGCUCAUGGAUUUGACCAGUUCUCAUACUUUUCUUUUGUCCAUUUUGCGUCAGUGUCUAUAAAAAGGAUCGACU